UUGUGCAACCAGGGUUACUGUCGCGUACUGAAAAUCACGUGAUUUCAGUAAAUGAAACCAGUAACCGUGCGUGUCCGUUGCAGCUCACCUGUAGGAUAAGCGUCGUAAAGAUGGGCGGCAGUGAGACAAAAGAGCAGAGGAAAAUCUAUUCCGGACAACCGACCACAAACUACACGGGACACCAGAGCAGCCACACAGCAGCUGGAAGGAGUUUAACUUUACAGCCACGGAGGAGAAAACAACAAUCCCGACUGAAAAAACGCCCCGCUAGUAUAGAUGGUAGCACCGGGCUUUGGGAUCAUUACGAUCCUUCGAGGCGCAGAUACGUGGAAACUGACCUGGACCUUUACUAUGAGCUGCAAAACCAUCUGGAGAACGCGCGGCAGAGGAUGAGAGACAAGGGGAGGAAAGAGGCUGUUUCUGAGGGUGUGAGCACCAGUUUGGUGAGCGGACAGGAGAAAUGUUACGACCCCAACGACAGCACACUCACAUUUGUUGAUGGAGACGAUGAAAUGGACUUUGAGUGCAACAAUUACAAGUCUCUGAGAGCUCAGAUGUCCUGCGGUCAUUCUGUCACCCCCAUGUCUCUCACCAACUGGUGUCAACAGUUACUGGAUCAGGGUGAGAGCCGGUUUGUGUGCGGCCGGGCUGGCUGUAAUGCUGAGUGGUCAUAUGAAGAGGUCUGUAAAAUGGCUCUUCUGACUCCUGAAGAAAAGGAAUACUUUGAAAACAAGAUGUUCAGCAGCGCCGCCAAAGAUUACCUGGACGUCAAAGCUGGAUCAGUAAGACGUUAGAAAUAAUGGAAACACGCCCGGAUAUCACCUUCAAGGAUGUGAACGGGGUCACCGGCUGUCCCUCCACGCGUGCCUGUCCCGCAUGUGGCUUAACUGGCGGUGCAUGAUCGCACAAAGAGUAACAAACAUUUCCUGUGGAGUUCUGCUUUGUGUUUGUUCCACUGCUGCAGCUCCAGGAUAAACCUCUACAGGAGGCUUCAACUUUUCAUGGUUUGAAUUUGUGAUUUCAAGAAUUGCUGACACUUUUUGUACUUUUUUGUUUUUUUUAAUAUUUCUUUUUUCAUUGUAGUUUACAUGCAGAAAUAUACAUUUUUAAUAGCCACUGACAGUAUUUUAAAAAGGCUUGAAAGCUGGUUCUGCUGGGUCAAAACUUUAUUAUCGUCUUUCUGAUGUCCUCACUCUGACACAGCGCUCCCCUCUGUGUCCAGCAGCAAUAAUGUGUAGAUGUUUAUUAAUCAUAAUAACAUUUCUUUGCUUUUUUUCAAAGCAGUGAGAGAAGGGAUUAAGAUAAAUAUUUGUGUUAUUAUCCAGCAAAAAGAUUUCCAAUUUGUACUAAUAAAAGAAAUGACUGUUGUUCAAUACGAUGUGCUGGUGUCCCAUUUUCAGUUUAUCUGUCUGAAGCAUAAACACAGUUAUUUCAAUGGCAUACAUUAAGCUGUUUUUGUCCUAACUACUUCAGCCAUGUUCAGUACUGUGCAAAAGUCUUGAUCUCAUCAUAAUUUCUUUAUAUUUUGCUUCCAAGCAGUCAGACGUUCUUGUAAUGUUUUAAAGUGGUCUUGAUCAGUAGUUUCCAGGCUUCCUGAGAGUCCUUCAGAGUUUGUCUUUGGAUGCUUUUUCAGUCCAGUUCUUGGACCUGAUCAUUUUCAGAGGAAUGCUUUUUCGUUUGUUAAACCACUUAACCCUGACCUAUAAAUCAUUCAAGCAUGAAAAGGCUCCUGACUCAAGGGAUUAACCAGUGCUGUGUCAACACACAACAGACAACUUAGCAAAGAGCCUCAUUUAAAUUGUAUCUUUAGGCACUUUAUUACCAGCAGCUUGUCACAAAAAACAUCAUUUGUUCCCAUUUCUUUAGUUGAAUCCAUGAAAUAUGCCAAAGAUAACAGAAAAUAGUACAUUUGUGCCAACAAGGUGAUUCUCAGAGAGCUAUUAGGUGAGAACUUGGCGUCUCUCCUGGAGAAUAAUUCCUGAAGACUAAAGCUGCUGUGAUGAAGAAUAAAGGUGGUUGUAACAAAUACUAACUUUCAAGCUUGUUAGAAUUGUACAAACUCC